UGGUUGGGGCAACAAACCUCCCCAUUUGGCAUCCUCCAGAUGUCGUAUCACUGUCUCAUAACAUAUAAGACCUUAGCGAGAGAGGGAGAGAGAGAGAGAUAUCAUCAUGAUGUGGCUACAGCUAAAUCAUGGACAGAGCACCAGUAUUUCAUUACCCAGCGCUUCUCAGAAUUAUUGUUGCUGGGGAUUCGUAAAUUCUAGAAAACAAGUACCGAUUUUCAGCAGCAGCAGCAGCAGAAGAAGAAGAAGAAUAGGCAUGAGUAGAGCUCAGUUAUCUGACGAAAUACUAGUCCAACUUCUCCAUAACAAGGUUUUGGUAGCUGCGGGUGUUUCUGGGGCAAUAGGGCAGUUAAGUAAGCCAUUGAGUAAUGUAAUUCUUUAUGGGAAAGACUUUGAUUUUAAGGUCGCUUUUCAGGCUGGUGGCUUCCCUUCCACUCAUUCCUCUGCAGUUGUGGCUGCUGCGACAUGCCUUGGUCUUGAAAGGGGAUUUUCGGAUGCGAUAUUUGGUGUCACAGUUGUUUAUGCCGGCCUUAUUAUGUACGAUGCUCAGGGUGUUAGAAGAGAAGUAGGAAUCCAUGCAAGAACUCUGAACAAAGCUCUGAAAGAAAAGUCACGAGUGAACUCCAGUCCCGCAGAGAACAUAGACAGUUUCAAUUCUCAACCAGGGAAAUCCUCGCCCUUAAACUACUUGUCAGAUGAGUCGGGCUCCUUUUCAUCGAAAUCAAGAAAUUCCCUUUUGGUAUCGCAGUCGGAUAAGAAGGCUUCGAAGCAGAUUCCUUCUGGCAUCAAGACAGCUGAAGCCAAUGAAGGGUUAGAAAGAAGUAAAUAUUCUCCUUUAAAAGAAUCCAUUGGCCACACAGAGGUUGAAGUCGUAGCAGGGGCUUUAUUAGGUUUGUUUGUAAGCUUGGCUGUGAAUGCCUUUCUUUGACAUCAAAUAUCUAAUAUUCUUUCAAUACAUAAUACAUACAUACAUGUAUGUAUGUAUGUAUACAUAACCGAAUGCAAUAUUAUUCGAUUCUUAUAGAAUGAACAUAAUGUUUGAGA